AUGGCCGACUCCGAGCCAUUGAUUGCCGCUCGAGAGAAUCCGGACAACGUCCCCGAAAGUCAAUAUGACGCUCUUCUCGGUCAAGAGCGUACCGAACAGAGUGAUGAGGAGGACCUCAAGGUAGUCGCCGGCAACGACCGCAAGGGUCUCCUGGCGUACCUACGCACCAGAGACUUUUGGACCGUUCUACUACUCGGACAAGCCCUGGCCAUCCUCAACACGUCCAGCAGUACCUUUACAUCUCUGCUCGAAGCACAAGGUACAUCGAUACCGGCUUUUCAGACAUUCUUCAACUACGCCGUGCUGAAUAUUGUGUUCACAUCCUUUACUAUUUAUAAAUAUGGCUUCAAGCGCUGGGGGCAGCUUGCGCGGAAUGACGGGUGGAAGUAUAUUCUAUUCGCCUUCUGCGAUGUUGAAGGAAAUUACUUUAUCGUCCUCGCGUAUCGAUACACAACCAUUCUCAGCGCACAACUGAUCAAUUUCUGGGCCAUCGUGGUGGUCGUGGCCCUCUCCUUCUUCAUGCUACACGUCCGCUAUCAUCACAUGCAACUACUAGGAAUAUUCAUCUGCAUCGGAGGCAUGGGCAUCCUGCUCGUAUCGGACCAUCUCACAGGCAGCCUUGCAGAAGGCAGAAAAGCCAUCGAUGCCGUCAAGGGGGACCUCUUCGCCCUCCUCGCCGCCACAUUCUACGGCUUCUCCAACGUCGUCGAAGAGUACUUUGUCAGCAAAAGACCCAUGUACGAGGUAAUAGGGCAACUUGCAUUCUGGGCGACCAUCAUCAACGGCGUUCAAGCCACGAUGUUCGAUCGCUCGUCUUUUGAAAGUGCAACCUGGAAUGGGCCGGUGAUUGGGUACUUGUUUGGAUAUACUAUAUGUCUAGCCAGCUUUUACACCACGGCACCUCUAAUAUACCGCCUGGCCUCAGCCGCGUUUAUGAAUAUAUCCAUGCUCACGGGCAAUUUUUGGGGCGUACUUAUUGGCGUGUUUGUGCUCAAGUUACGCAUCCAUUGGCUAUACCCUAUUGCGUUUGUGUUGAUUCUCCUGGGCCAGUUUGUGUAUUAUCUCGGUCAGCGCCGAGGAAGCGCUCUGGGCGAGGCGCGCAAACCCUGGCUGGGGAGGAAUCAAGAGCAGGGUGUAUCGGGGAUAUUUACGGCGAGGAGGAGGAUUGAUCGGGCUCAGCAUGCGGUUGGGGUCUCUGUUUUGCAGGACGAGGUGCGGGAUGAAUAG